CUCUGGCGAUGGCGGUCUUGCCUCUCGAUUCUCUCCCGCUGGGGUUCAGGUUCCGACCCACCGACCAGGAGCUGGUCGAUCACUACCUGCGGCUGAAGAUCAAUGGGCGGGACAGGGAGGUGAGGGUGAUCAGAGAAAUCGACGUCUGCAGAGUGGAGCCCUGGGACUUGCCCGGUUUUUCGGCUAUACAGACAAAGGAUCCAGAAUGGUUCUUCUUCUGUCCGAGGGACAGGAAGUACCCGAAUGGGCAUCGGCUUAACCGCGCAACAAGAGCUGGUUACUGGAAAGCGACGGGGAAGGACCGGAAGAUAAAAUUGGGAGGAAAUUUGAUUGGGAUGAAGAAGACUCUGGUCUUUUACACCGGCCGUGCUCCCAGGGGGAGCAGGACCUUUUGGGUGAUGCAUGAAUACCGAACAACUUUAGAAGAGCUGGAUGGUAAUCAUCCCGGACAGGGUGCAUUUGUUCUGUGCCGUCUGUUCAGGAAGCAAGAUGAGACUCUUGAGGGCUCAACUUGUGAUGCUGCAGAACCAGCAGUUACUUCUCCAGCAGCCAGAUCUUCACCUGAUGAUACUGAGUCAGAGUUAGUGAUAGCUCAAGAUGGACCAUCUGUUGCGACACACGAUGAACCGCCAGAUGAAGAUCAUGAUUCAGAACAACACCAGUGUGUGCAUUUAAAGAAUAAUGUGGUGGAUUUGCCACAAGGCAGUGAUUUGAACUUGCUUGGAGAUCCAACGAUGGAGCUUUCUCUCCCACCAUUACCGUGGCCGGUGAAAGAAGAGCUGGAAACUCCCUACAUGCCUGAGGUUACGAAUGAUAUUAGCAUUAACGAAACUGGUUCGCGGCUUCAGACUGACAAGGAAAUAUCCGACUUCUUGGACUCGAUAUUCAAUGCCGACUAUGACGGCUCUUGUGAUGGGAGUGGUCAGCGUAAUUUGGAUUUUGGCAGCGGGCCUGUAGGCGAGGACAAUUUGUUAUACAAUGAACUACUUAACGAAGCGACUGAAAGACAGAUUGGAUCUCAAUUAGAGUGGGAUAAAGCAAACGUUUAUGGGAGAGACGCGUUACAAAUGGGAAUGGCUCCUGGAAACUUCCAAAUGGGGGUCCCUGAGUCUAAUGUUGGUCAGGACUAUAUUGUAGAAGCUUCAAUGCUUGGAGUCUCUUAUGGGGAAGAACUAAUUUUUCAAUCUGAUGCGAAUCCAAAUAGCAUUCACCUUCAAGGCCCGGGCACUAGUUCAACCGCUUUUCAGAGCGGUGACACUUCUGGAACUGGAAUCAGGAUAAGGCCUCGUUCUUCACAAAAUUUGCAACCUCAGUUUGAUUAUGGAAAACAAGGUUCCGCACCAAGAAGGUUACGUAUACAGUGUAAACUUCAAAUUGGUCCAGUAAGCUGCAGUAGGAAGUCGAGUGAUUUUAUGUCUGGUGAUGAAGUUAAAAAAUCCAAGUCCGUUAAUGCAGAGCACUCUGCACAACAUGUCAAAUGGCAUUUCUGCCCCCCCACGCCCGUGCAUGAAGGAGGGGAAAUUGUGAGAGGUUAAAAGGAAGCUCAGCUUUUAUGUGAGGAAGCCAUACAUUUGCAGCUAGUUUAGCCCGAGGACUUUGGAAAGCACAGGAGUUCUGUCGCUUGGAGGAAUCAGAAACUUGAAGAAGAUAGUCUGCUGGAUUUAGCUUUAGCUUUUUUGUGGGUCAUGGUGAUGUUAUUUUGGGUUAAAAAAGUAGUCUUGGAGGUUGAUUCUCAGUCCAUUCCUGGUUAAGGCAACCGAGCCGCCGGAUGUCGUGGCUUUCAAGCGAGGUCUAUACUUAUUUCGACAGUUCUCGAUUGACAACAGAGAUCGGUGGUUUGGUGUAUGAAGCAAAUGGUUAACGUGGUACGUGUAAUCAUAAUUUGCUCUGAGAAGAGAAAUGGCGUUCAACGACUCCAUACUUUCUUCAAGCUCACUCGGCUACGAUGCACAGGAGGAAUUUGCUUUCAUAUAUGCAGAGUGGGACACAAGUGAGAGACCCCCUUGCAUUCAUACAUUGAACCAAAGGAAUGAUUCCUUAACGUGCUCAAAAAGCCAUUUUGAGAUUGCAAAUCUCGGAUCCUCGCACGAAUGGACCCACCCCAUACCAAACGAAUAUCCCUGCCCCACCUUCUGUUUCGGUCAAGAGAUCCUUAUCAAUGACCCAUGAUGCAUCCUCGAGUUUUCAUUGAUCUCCUAAAGCAAAAAAGCUUCUCGUUUUUCCCCCCCUUUUUCUUUUGGUGUAUGGCCUAGCAGAAGAAGCAGCAUCCCUGAAAUGAUGUAUUCUGUGCUUAUGCGCUCUUCACAUAUAGAGUACAGCUCUCGAAUUCCUAUCUAUGAAGAAACAGUGGCAUCCUCACAACAUACAGUAGAUAGAAAGCUACCUUCGCGAGUUUGUCGCUCAAUCCGCGGAUGAUCAAUUGGCGUCUCACGACUUCUCGGCAUUUCAAUUGUAAUUUUUACUCUUAAUCUAGAAGGAUGUUUUUGGUUAACCCAUUAAUUUGAUGUAUGAUUCAAGCGCCUAUUCAUAGGAGAAAUCUCUAACUCGAUCAUGUUCAUUUACGUUGACUGAAUAGAUAUAUACUCUUUGUCAAUCAUUCCAGUCACUAGGUUCAUCAGUACCAUUAUCAGGAGUACCCCAGAGAAAAGAGAGGCAUUAAUCACUUCCCUUGUGCCUACGACAAUAGGGAGAAUUACCAAAAAAAUUAUAAAUUUAUUGUAAUUAUACUAAUUCAAUUCUGAACUUUAUUUUUUGGCUAAUUGAGUCUUAAAUCGUUUGUUUUUAUGCCAA